AUGAGCUGGGCGAAACAAUCCCGAGCGCGACGCACCGACGAUACACCCAACGCAUGUGUUUCGACUUGUUGGAAAUCCAUCGGAACAAAAACUGGCGACGUCCCUGAGUGGCAUGUUCGGUGGAGACAGCCCAGCUCGGAGAAGCCACAUCUCCCGAAGGCGUCCCGCAAGACGAGAACCGCUCAGUUCAACAUCGAGUUUCUCCUGAAGGUUCGCCCGUUGUUUGAUCUGAUAUGCCAGCUUCAUUUGCAGUCGGUGGCGAGCCGCUGGCGUGAAGAGAUCAUCGCGGCGGCCGCCCACGCUCGAUUCCGUGCUUCUGCUGCGCCCUCAUCGGCGAUGGCGGCAUGCAAAGCAAGCGCACUCGCCCGCGUCCGAGGCCAUUGCUCGGCGUCCGGGGACGCGAGAAACUCACGGACAGCAGAGUACAGCUUCAACCGCGAGGCCGCCAUCCCUUCUGCGAUCGAAGAAAGGUUGAUUCACACCGCGACCAACAAUGAAACAACACCGCUGGGGCACAGAGCCAAAUCUCGAAUGAAGAGGCGACAUAAGCCGACGACCACGACGACAAUGAGGACAACGACGGCGGAGUAG